GUCACACUGUCUCUAGCUCAUCAAAAGCAGGAGUCAGGACGCCUUGCGAUUUCUGGGCGUCUGAGCACUUUCACAAUUUGGUAAACUGCCAAGACAUUUGUUGAUCAAUUUGUGCCCUUCGACACAAGAGCGCUCACAAUGGACUCGCCCAUGGAGGGGGUUGAGGAGUUGGCGUCAGACGAUUUCUUCGCAGGGACGCUGCAGCACUUCAAGAAUUCGGAGCGCAUUGACAACCAGCACUUGUGUGCGGUUAUCCUGGCAUUGUCUGAGGUCAUCAGAGAACAGGGGCUCAAGCCGACGGCGACCGCUUACUUUGCAGCAAUCAUGGCGUCGUUGGAAAGGAGACAGGCCCAGGGCAGCCUUGACGUCCUCUUCGCCACCGUGUCCCUUCUCGCUCUAGUUCUGCCCAAGCUCCCCCAGGGCGUCCUGCGGUCCAAGCUGGACGCUUCGCUGGCGGUCGUGUCCGAGAUUGUGUCCGAAACCAAGGGCGGAGAGUCGGGGGCGGCGCAGGGCGUCGUAAAGGCGGGGCUUGGUUGCUUGCAAACGCUGCUGCAAGAAGCGGACCAUUCCAAGUGGCUGAAGCUGGCGCGUCCGUUUGGGCUGUCGCUGCAUUACUGCACCGAUGCACGCCCCAAGGUCCGAAAGCGCGCCCACCUCGCCGUGUCCGAAGUCCUCUCCAGCCUCGCCGGCACUCCUUCCCUCGCCGCCGCAAGCGAUUCCGUCGACGCCUUCUGCGAUAGCGUUCUCACCGCGGCCACGAGCGGCGCUCCUUCGGAAAGCGCCACGUCAGCCGCCUCGUCAGCGAUGCACCUCCUGGGCGGCGUCCGGAGCUUCCUCCCGAGACUGUCCGGAAAAGCGUCCGGAAAGCUCAUGCAGCGGCUAGUGUCCCUGCUCGCGCUCCAGCAGCCAAUCAUCUCGCGCCACGUCAUCGACGCCCUGGACGCCUACGCCAGCGAGGACGCUGACGCCAGCGCCGACGCCGGCGUUUUGGCGGACGUCCUCGGACGGGUGCUCGAGCUCUCGGACGCCGAGAAGCUCUCGGGAGACGAGUCGGCCGCCGUCGCGAAGUUGAUCGAGAAGGGCUACGCAAAACUCUUCCGCGCCGACCCGGCGCUCGGUGCGAAAAGGCUCCCGGGGGCCUUCCACGCGCUUGCGGCGGGGCUGGCGUCGGAGCGUGAGGAGCUUAUUUUCACCACCGCAGAGUCGCUCCGUGCGCUGAUCAACGGGUGCAUCGACGAUGCGAUGAUUCGGCAGGGGUUGGCGGAGGGCAGAACGGGCCCGAGCGAAAUUGAGCGGGUGUGCGUGUGUUUGGAGGGAACGCUGGGGUAUCAGUAUAGGGGGGCGUGGGAUAUGGCGCUCCUAGUGGUGGCGGAAAUGUACCAGAAGCUGGGGCCGGCGAGCUACCAGCUUAUGUAUAAGACGACGCAGACGCUUGGCGAGCUCCAGGCUCUCGAAGACGAAAACAUGCCAUGCCGCCCUCAACUACACGCCGCAAUCGGCGCAGCUAUUGAGGCGAUGGGCCCCGAACAGCUGCUGUCGAUCCUGCCCCUCAAUUUGGACGGCCCAGAUUUGUCCAAGGCGAAUCUGUGGCUGCUGCCAAUCCUGGAGAAGCACAUAGUGGGAGCGCGUUUACACUGGUUCGCCGACCAGGUGUUGCCCCUGGUGGGAACGCUCUCACAGCGGGCGGCGAAAGCGACGGCGGAGGGGCGGCCGAUUGCGGCGCGAAACGCGGAGGCAUGCGCGACGCAGCUGUGGGGCCUCCUUCCCGCCGUCUGCAACUACCCGGUUGACGCCCCCGACUCCUUCAAGUUCCUCGCAAAGCACCUCGGGACCGCUUUCAACGACCGUCCGGAGCUUCGGGGGGUAAUCUCCUCCUCCCUCCAACACCUCAUCAAACAGAGCAAACAAGCGCGCGAUGCCCCCGCCGGGGGGGCGGAUGCGAGCGACUCCGAAACCCCCCUCAGCGCGUCGGUUCGACGGGCGCGCGCGUUUUACACCCCAACAGUUGGCGCCGCGAACCUAGCGGCGAUAACGGCGUUCACGAGAAACUUUCUCCCCCUCUUCUUCAAUGCCUUCGUCGCGUCCCCCCCAGAAAAGCGCGCGGGAAUUUUUGCGGCCGUCGAGGCGUUCGCCUCCGUAGCAGACCCGGCGCAAGUGCGCACUUUCGCGGAAACGAUGAUGGUCAAGCUCCUCGAAGCCACGCGCGACGCCGAGGCCCAAAAGGGGGGGGCGAAAACGCCCGGCGAAGCGGCCCCCAUGAACGUGGACGGCUCCCCCGCCGCAACCCCCACCGCGCGGCGCUGCACGUUCAUGGAGCUCGCCGUGGCGCUGACACCUGGCAUGGAUGACGUCAGCGUCGGGGCGCUCUACCGGGCGGCCCGCCCGGCGGUUAUGGACCCGGAGGCGCCCGUCCAGAAGAAGGCGUAUAAGCUAUUGGCGCGGCUCUGCGAGCUGCGGCCGGCGUUCCUACGCGCGCAGGGGGCGGACCUGUUCGAGCUCCUGAUGACGUCACAGGCGGGGUGCGCGAGCGCGGCUCGGCGCGCGAGGCUGGCGUGCCUGCGCCACGUGGUCGUGCUGAUGACGACGGAGGGGGCGGCGGAAAAGGACGAAGCCAUCUCGGCGCUGGUGAGCGAGAUCAUCAUCGCGACCAAGGAGGUAAACGCUAAGACGCGCAACGCCGCGUACGAGCUUCUGGUGACCAUCGCGCGUGCCGCCGAGAAUCCGGAGCUGGGUGGCUCGCAGGAGGCGCUCGUGCGCUUCUUCGGUGUGAUUGUGGGCGGUCUGGCGGGAAGGACGCCGCACAUGAUCAGCGCAUCGGUGGUGGCCCUGGCCCGCCUGCUGUACGAGUUCUCCACCACUCUGUCGCACACCAUCCCCGACCUGCUGCCGUCCGUGCUGCUCCUGCUGCGCACCAAGUCGCGCGAGGUCAUCAAGAGCGUGCUCGGCUUUGUCAAGGUCGUGAUUGCUCGUCUUCCAGCAGACGAUCUGGUACCCCAUCUGCCUGAUUUAGUGGAGGGUCUGCUCAUCUGGGCCGAGGACUCCAAGAACCACUUCAAGAUGAAGAUCAAGGUCAUCUUUGAGCGGCUCGUGCGGCGGUGCGGAUACGAGGCAGUUGCGGCGGUAACCCCUCCAGCACAUCAAAAAUUGAUCACCAACAUCCGGAAAACGCGGGACCGCCUGGAGCGGAAGAAGCGCGAGAGUGAGGUCGGUUCCGUCAAGAGCGGGGCGGAGUCUGCCAGGGGCGGAGCGGAAUCCGUCCGGUCCAAGGCGCUAACCAGAGCGGCGACCGCGAGAAGGUCGGAGUGGAGCCACGGGGAUGUGUUCUCGGACGAUGACGAGGAAGGGUUUGGAGGUUUAAGCGACGACGGUGCGACGACGGUCGGGGGCGCGCCGGGGGACGGAGUGUCUAGGGGUGGCACGCUGGCAACACGAGCGGCGAGGAAGGCUAGAAAGGUGCGGAGUCGCCUGCCGGAGGAGGACGAAUCUGGGCCGUUGGAUCUGCUGGACGUGCAGCGGACGCGGAGAUUAAUGUCGGCGCCCGGAGGGGGGAGGAGAGGCGAAGAAGAGGAGGGGGGGUUCGAGGAAGAUCCGGAGGGGAGGCUGAUCAUUGAAGAGGAGAAGAAGGGACGGAAACGGAGGCGGGACGGGGACGAAAUGGAACUGGAUGACGACGAUUAUAUCGGCAGUCAGAGCGGGAAGAGUAAUGCGCGGAGCAGGAAAGGGGGGGACGCCCGAGGGGGAAAAGCGAAGGGGGAGUCGAAGGUAAACCUGUCGAACAAGGCGCGGAAACUGCAGGACGGGAAGAGGGGCUUUGCGAUGGGCGGGGAAGAGUACCGGGCGGGCAAAGGAAAGGGCGGGGGCGACGCGCGGGGGAAGAAGAAGCUGGAGCCGUUUGCGUAUUGGCCGUUGGAUCCGAAGAUGCUGAAUCGGAGGGAGGGGAAGCGGGCCGACGCGCGGAAGGGAAUGGCGGACGUGCUGAAGACGGGGAGAAAGAAGAGGGGGGUCGGGGUAGAUAAGAAGCGGUCGGGGAUAAAGAAGGGGCACAAGGCCCACAAAAGAAAGUAGGUGUCUUGGUGUCAGAGUUCAGGGUUCAGGAACGAACACGCGGCACUGAGGUCAAGUUUCAAGGAAGGGGAGUCAGUUGGAGUACAGGCUUGGCAUCCGUUAACGCACAAUACGUGCAGCUGUGUUCUGGGUACGUGUCGCAAGAAUAAACUGGUUGUCUAUUGGUGAUUAGUACCGAUCAUCGCCUUGUCGGAC